AUGGUCGCCUGGAAGUUGAACGAGCAGAAGCGACAGCAUCGGUCAGUACACACGAUCCUUCUCAUUCGCUGCGUUAGGCCCCACUUGCGGCGGCUCGACGGGCGCCGCACCGGUAGCUCCCUCGUCCUGCUUCGCAGCCGAGCGCGGUCGCCCCGCCAGCGUAUCCGAACGCCGAUCAUUGACUGACCCACGUUCUACCCUCCUCCGCACCGUCCACAUCGCCCUGCACAACAUUCCCAACCUCACUGCAGCGAACGAGCUCAACCCGUCCACCGAGCCAAACUAGGCCUGCUCGAGAAACAUGCCGACUACGUCAAGCGAGCGAGGGACUUCCAUUCCAAGCAGGACCGGCUCACCAAGUUGCGCGAAAAGGCCAGCGCCAAGAACAAGGAUGAGUUCUACUUUGGCAUGAUCAGGAGCAAGACCCUGGUAUGUAUUCACGUCUAUCGCGUCCCUUCGUUGGGAUCGGCUCGGUGCUGACUCGGCGCGAUGGGCAUCGACGUUCGUAGAACGGGGUCCAUGUUCAGUCACGAGGCAACGAGGCGAUGAGCAACGAUCUCGUCAAGGUGCUCAAGACACAGGACGCAGGCUACAUCAGGACUCGGCAAGCCAUCGAACAGGGUGUAAGUUCUGCAACAGCAUCCUAUUCCCGAGCUAUCGAUCCUGAUCCGAAACGAAACCGCUCUCACGACCGACCCAGCGCGUGCGUCGACUACAACAACAGCUCGACUCGCUCGUCGACAACGUCACCAACGCACCACCCAAACCUACCAGUGGACCUGACGACGAUGAUGAGAUGAUGCGCGAUCUCGACGAUUGGGAUGCCUUUGACUCGGCACCCCCCGUCGCUUCGACCUCUUCUCUAGGCGCUUCAUCCGGGCCCAAGAAGCACAUCAUCUUUUCUGACAACCUCGACAAGGGUAGGUUGAGAACAAUCUCUCUCUACGCGAUCGUUGUUACCCCGCAUGCUGAGUAGCGCGCAACUCUUUCAACCUGCACAGUUCGUACCGUCGACGACCCGUCCAAGAUCUUACCCAAGAAGCGACGAACACCCUCCACCUCGACGACGACCAAAUCCACCUCUUCCAAGAAAGGCAAAGGCAAAGCGCCCACUUUGGAAUUCGGCCCAACACCGGAAGAACUAGAAUCGAUGAACAAAGCCACUCGAGCGCACCGCGAACGCCUGACGCUCGAACUCGAUGCUCGUCAAGAACGCCUCAAGCAAUUCGCCUUGGCGUUGAAGGAGUUAGAAAACCAGAGAUUGUUGAUGGGUAAAGGGGCCAAGAAGAUGAUCGUCAAGAAGAAGAAGGACCCGAGUGCUAGGGUUGAGGAGGACUGGAAGGGGGAUAAGACGACGAUGGAUGAGGACGAGGUCGGAAUCGCGAGUGGGGCGAGGUUGUAUGUGAGUAUAUGGCGCACAGAUCCAUGGAAACCGUGGCUUGUUGCUGAUUUGGACUGUCGAAUUCUAUAGAAAUGGAAGGCCCAGAGGAAACGCUAG